AUGCAGCCUUCCAAAGAACUAUCUGAGUUUCUCUGGGCUAACAGCCUGAAACCCGACGACACGAAGGAGGACAGAGGCGCUGCGAUUCACUUGGCCAUCUCACAAAAGUCAUCAAACCUCGCAAAGGAGCUCCUCAAAUUAUACCCUGAAGAUUGCAUCAGUGUCAAAGACUACAGGGGCAGGAAAAAGGGUCGCUUGCCACUCCAUAACGCCGCGCAGCUGGGGAUGCGAAGUCUCGUGGUUGAGCUUCUCGACAAAGGCGCUGAUAUCAAUGCCAUAACAGCCACUCGCUGGGGAUGGUCGGCUCUCAUGCUUGCGGUUGAGGCUGGACAGAGGGAAGUUGUUGCCAUUUUGUUGCAGCGCGGUGCAGAUCUUGAAGCUCAAACCAGAGACGACGUCAAGUCAGAUAACCGAAAGCGAUGGACUGCCCUCCAUCUCGCCGCAGCUGAACUCAAAUCCCCGAAUAUCAUUUUGCAACUGCUUCAUAAAGGGGCAAACUGCAAUGCCAAAACCCUCGAUGGAGACACAGCAUUGCACCUUGCUGUCAGAUUCCAGUGUCUGACGGCCGCUGGUCUACUGCUGUUGCAUGGAGCAUCAUCCCGUGCCAAGAAUAACCUGGGCAUAUCGCCGGAAGACAUUAUGAUUAAGUUUCAAAAGGAGGAUCGCCACAAGUUCCAACACAUGUUGAAGUGUAACACGGCAGAGGCUAAGCCUCAGUUCCUGUCUUGCAUCGAUGGCGAUUUAGUCAACCCGAACUUGCCCAAGGCCAUGCACAAAGCUGCUGAGAAAGGCAUGGCAGGGGCCUUGAUUUACCUAUUACACAUGGAUCAUCGUCUAGUUCUGGCCAAGAAUGAAAGUGGAUGGCAACCGCUGCAUACUGCGACGAAAUUUGGAUCGACUGAAGCUGCCCGAACCCUCCUUAAGCAUGGCGCGGAUGUCAAUUGCCUGACAAAAGGGAAAUGGACCCCUGUCAUGCUGGCAUCCAAGUAUAAUCAUGUUGAAGUCCUCAAAGUUCUAUUGUUGUAUAAACCCAACACUAUGCUGCAGAGUAGCGAUGGCUACGAUGCUGCGACAUUGGCUAGUCGGCAUGGUGACACUUUGGUCAACCUGCUGCCAACCUUUCGACAUGUUCCCAGAGAUAUGGUCCCCCGGGCCGAAAAGAAUAGCCAAAAGAAUAGCCCUGAAUCAUCGACUAGUACGCUGCAUGUUCCGAAGCGGCCUGGCCCGAGUAGAGAUCCUUCGCCAGCGAGAAGUGACAGUUCUGAGCUGGAAGGGGAACUUUACGCUUUAAGCGAUGCGACAACAGCUACUUCUUCAGAUUCAUCACCAAAAAAGUUGGUUCCUCCCUUACUUGUACUUUACAUAAUGACUUACACUCUUGACAGCUCGGGAACCAUAGAGAAGCUCUUCCAAGAUUUAGAGCGAACUUGGUACGAAAGAAUCCAAUGGAGUCCCGAAGACGACAACAACAAGAGCAGUCCCGAGUGGUCUGGUCCCGUGAAAAUCGCGAUUCUUGACACCGGCAUCGACCUGGCACAUGAGGACUUUCGACUUCCACCGCGGCGACAUACUAAAAUCGGGCAGCGUGUUGCCAGUAAGUUGACCGAGCGGCCACAAAGAGACAGGAUCAAAGCAUGCAGGAACUUCAUUGGUGGCCCUGGUGAAGAGGAGGACGUACAAGAUACAGUUGGCCAUGGAACACACAUUGCUGGUAUAAUUCUAGCAAUUGCUCCCAGGGCAGAGUUGUAUAUCGCAAAGACAAGUUCCAGCGAAAGCCUCAGCACAUCAGCACACAGCGAUUCUAAGAGUGAGAGAACAAGAAGAAAGGGUCGAAGGCCAGUCGAGGAGGCAUUACAGUGGGCGAUAGACCAAGGCGUCGAUAUCAUCAACCUCUCUUUAGGAUUUUCAUAUGAAAGCUCCUACGACCUAACUCAAGCACUGGAGGAUGCAAACCACAAAGGAAUAAUAGUCUUUGCCGCCGCAGCCAACCACGGCAACCGAGAAGCCAUCUCAUGGCCCGCUCGAGACCGUGACCUGGCCAUAUGCGUCACAUCCGGCGACGAGCAAAACACCCUUUCGCGGUUUGCGCCAAGCGGUAACAGAGACUUACCCGUCUUUAUAACCCACGGCGAAGACGUGUGUAGUCAAUGGCCAACAAAUCUCGGCGGAGGAUAUCGCAAAAUGAGCGGGACGUCGGUUUCCACCCCCGUUGCUGUCGGCAUGGCGGCCAUGGUCCUUGCGUUUCUGAAUACGACGAAUCACUGGUCACCGGGACAGAAGCGAGAAUGGCUGGAUCGAUCCAAGGAGCGCAGACUGCGGAGUACGCGGGGAAUGGGGCGGCUGUUGGAGCAAAUCUGUCGAGAUCGAAAUGGUCUCAAGGUUCUUUCUCCGAAGCUGAUGUGGGAGGAGAACCCGAAUGCGAAUCCUUUGCAGAUUCUUAGUGCAAUAUCGCAGGCUUUCCGGCUGCCUGGAUGA